AGUGGCGCCACGCUGUGUUAGCCGCCGAAACAUGGAGGCAACUAGUGAAAAUGAAGAGCCGGUGUCCGGGGAAGUGGUGUCAGUGGCACAUGCUCUUUCUCUCCCGGCUGAGUCUUAUGGCAACGAUCCUGAUAUUGAGAUGGCAUGGGCCAUGAGAGCAAUGCAGCACGCUGAAGUCUAUUACAAACUGAUUUCAUCAGUUGACCCGCAGUUCCUGAAACUCACCAAAGUGGAUGACCAAAUCUAUUCUGAAUUUCGGCAAAAUUUUGAGAAACUCAGGGUAGAUGUAUUGGACCCAGAAGAACUCAAGUCAGUAUCAGCUAAAGAGAAGUGGAGGCCAUUCUGUUUGAAGUUUGAUGGGGUUAUAGAAGACUUUAACUAUGGUACUUUGCUGCGACUGGAUUGUUCUCAAGGCUACACUGAAGAAAACACCAUCUUUGCCCCCAGGAUACAAUUUUUGGCCAUUGAAAUUGCUCGGAACCGGGAAGGCCAUAACAAAGCAGUUUACGCCAGUGUUCAGGACAAAGAAGAGGACGAAGGAGCCAGCGGAGGAGAACCAGAGAAAAGCGACAACGGAGGAGAACAAGAGAAAGAAGCCAAGGAAGGCAUCAGCAAAAGUGGUGAAACGCCUAUGUAAGGUAGAGAGGGAGUAGUGCCCUAGAAACUGUGACUCAGCUGAGUCUACAUGUACCACGAUGCUCCUUGCAGAUCCCUGCAGUUAAAUGUGUGUCCCUGUUCAGUGGAAGGACAUGCAGAAGGACAUUUUUUUAUAGCCUAGUAGUCAGGAGCUUCUCCGGUUGUUCUUUUGUAUGAACUGGCUUAAAAAACUAUGAGUGGGGUCAUAGUUGAUUGUUUCUUAGUGUAUUUUCUUCUUGCUUCUCUUCACUGGUUAAGUAAGACAUUUUGUAAAUAAAUUUCUUUUGGUUCUUA